AUGAAAUGCCAAGUUGGCUUUCUACGUACCGAGAACUGUAUCAAUGUGCUUCUCAGUCGAGCACAGCACGGGAUGUACCUGAUCGGAAAUUCUGAGACCUACCUUAAUGUCCCGAUGUGGGCUGAAGUUCACGCUCAGCUUCCCUAUGCUGCCCCCGCCACCCAGAAGUACCUAUCCUCUGUUCUGAGCCUUAAGAAUUUGAGAGAAAGAGCCCUGAAGGUGGGUGUAAUCUUCCAUGUACCUAUUGUCUGGAGCUAUGUGGCCACUAAUGCCAGGCAAAAUGCUAUUUAUCUUUCAUAUAUAACGGUUUUGUAUGCUGUAAGCCUUGUCCUCGAAUUCGAGAGACCUGUGACCAUGCAUGCCCUAAGCUCUGUGGUAUAA